CUCCAGGGGAAAUCAAAGAAAAACCUGUCUAUGUUGAUGUGGCAGCUCCUCCAGACCAGAGGUGUCUCUUCUUCACUCAGUCUUUUCCACCGAUAGCAGUGUGUUGGCUCAUACUGUUGGUCAUCAUGGGCCUUCGUAUCUACUUUACCACUGUCAUUUCUGACAACGAUGCCAAGCUGACUACAGAGAUCCAGCAACUGAAGUUACUGAGGAACAACUUAACAGCACAAAUACAAGAAAUGACAUACGUCAGCCCAGCGCAGUGGACCAUUGAUGCCUACUGCCCCAGAGAAAAUAACAAGAGACAGUGUAAAGCUUGUGAGAAGGGCUGGGUACACACACAGCCAAACUGCCAUGAGAUUAAUGCCGCUGCGUGGAAAACAUGGGAAGAAGCUCAGGAAGACUGCAGAGGAAAGAAUUCCGAUUUAGUUGUUUUGGAUGAUGAAGCAGAAAUGGACUUAAUCAGUCAUUACAGCUCUCCAGCAAUCGAUGGAUACUGGGUUGGUCUGAGAGUUGAAGAUGGCAUAUGGAGGUGGAUCAAUGGAAGUGAUCUCACUGAAAGCUCCUGGAUAGUAGCUGCUACUGACGGUCAAUGUGCUGUUUCUGUCUGGACCAACCUGCUGUCAGUGAGCUGUGACAGCAGAAGACGAUGGCUCUGCAAAAAGAAGGCUUUAUCUGUUUAAACACUGCAGUCAUACUUUAGAAAGUUACCAGAUACUCUGUAUGGUAAUAUGAGCUUUUCAAAGCUUUGUGUGUGCAUCUUUUUUAGACAUGCAGUGAUGAAAUGUUUUGUAGUUUCCUGUUUCCCUUCAGUCAUGUAACCUUUUGAAUUAUUGCCUCUGAUUGCCCAAGAGGGGGCGCUGCGUGACUUGUUUGCAACACAGUGUGACAGAGCUCUGUUUAGUGAAGUGUGUAAGAUUUUGAGGGAUUUGGUGGCAUCUAGCAGUGUUUUGCAGGUUGCUAGCUACAAACUUCUGCCAGCCAUAAUUCCCUCAGUGUUUAUUGUUCAGGAAGUUUUUAUCGGGAGCUGAAUUUUCUGCAGAGGCCUCUUCCUCUCCAGAACAAAUCUGACCGUGUGAUUUCAACCAUGAAUAAAGCAGUUUCACGCUACAAAUCAGUUUCUGUGGUGCUGCACGUUGCAGGUGAGCCUCUUACCUCGGUGGCCAAUGUGAAAACGCAAAUGGCCUCAUUUGGAAUUGGUUUGUCUGUUCUGAGUUACUGUAGAAACAUGGAGGUGCAACAUGGUGACUUUCAUAAACAAGCACCCACUCCGUAUGUAGAUAUACAUUGCUCAUAAGUUAAGGAAAACACAGCCUGGACUUGGAUCUUCCAUGUUUUUAUAUCUAACGGACUAAUGGAGACAACAGUUUUUGAAUUUGGUUUUUCCAGUCUGGAGUGGUGCAGGGAUGAUGUUUUUUCUGUUGGCUAACAGGGAAAUUAACAUUGCUCCGGUUUCCUCUUAAAAAGCCAUUGGGAUUUUUCCAUUGGAUUUUGGGUUAUUGCAGAAAAUAAGC